AGGAGGAGGAUCCUGGGAAAUCUGGGGUCAGACAUUUGAGCAAUUCAGAGAAUUGCGGAGGCUGUAAGGUAGAGAGGAAGGGCUUUGGGUCGGCUACAGUGUCUUGAGAAAGUAUUGUGUCACUCCGACCUUCAGUUUUCCCUGCGUGUCAAGUGGCUUCUGUGCAACGUGUCAGCUCCAGAGGAAACCGAUUUAUUCAACAGGUGGCAAUUCCCAAGCUCCACCCCUCCGGGGCUGGAAAACCUGGCAGCAGACGGUCCACGGUCCCCCGGGCCCAGGCCCCGCGCUGCCCCUCCUUGUCUCCUCCCGGCCACGCGCUACGAGCCCGGGAUGCAGCUCUCCAACAGGGCGGCAGCCAGGGAGGCGGCGAGCCGCGACGUGCUGGCCGCGGACCUCCGCUGCAGCCUCUUCGCCUCGGCGCUGCAGAGCUACAAGCGGGACUCGGUGCUGCGGCCCUUCCCCGCCUCCUACGCCCGCCACGACUGUAAGGACUUCGAGGCCCUGCUUGCAGACACUGGCAGGUUACCCAACUUGAAGGAACUUCUACAGUCCUCCAGAGACACAGACAAACAGGCCUGGGACCUGGUGAGCUGGAUUUUAUCCUCCAAGAUCCUGACAAUCCACAGUGCCAAGAAGGCAGAGUUUGAAAAGAUCCAGCAGCUGACCGGCGCCCCUCACACACCUGUCCCCACCCCGGAUUUCCUAUUUGAAAUUGAGUACUUUGACCCGGCCAACUCCAGAUUUUAUGAGACCAAAGGAGAACGAGACCUAAUCUAUGCCUUCCAUGGUAGCCGCCUAGAGAACUUCCACUCCAUCAUUCACAAUGGCCUGCACUGCCACCUGAACAAGACUUCUCUGUUUGGAGAGGGGACCUACCUCACAAGUGACUUGAGCCUGGCCCUCAUUUACAGUCCUCACGGCCACGGGUGGCAACAUAGCCUUCUUGGCCCGAUCCUGAGCUGCGUAGCUGUGUGUGAGGUCAUCGAUCAUCCAGAUGUCAAGUGCCAAAUCAAGAAGAAGGAUUCCAAGGAAAUAGACCGCAGCCGAGCAAGAAUCAAGCACAGCGAGGGGGGAGAGAUCCCCCCUAAGUACUUCGUAGUCACCAAUAACCAGCUUAUGCGGGUGAAGUACCUGCUGGUGUAUUCCCAGAAGCAGCCCAAGAGGGCCUCGAGCCAGCUCUCCUGGUUGUCCAGCCAUUGGUUCGUGAUCAUGAUGUCCCUGUAUCUGCUGCUGCUGCUCAUCGUGAGUGUCACCAACUCCUCUGCAUUCCACCACUUCUGGAAGAGUGUGAAGAGAUGAUCCCAGGUGCUUGGAGUGGGGCCACUCACCGUGUGCCUUAUGGAAACUUGUCCUCUACCUCCUGUGUGUCACAUCCGGUCAGGUCGAGUCUGGGGACCGUUUGCAGGGGUGCACAGGACGAGUUUUAUAUGCCAUAAGUGUACUGAUUGCCUUUGUUGAUGUGCCCAGACACAAUCCAGUCAGUGGGGGAUCCCUGGCCCCUCACUUGUCAGUUUCAGGGGUGCCCUACCCUCUGUUUCUUCCUAAAUAGUCUAGGGAGGUGGCUCUUCAGCCAGAGCCAAAGGAAAAAGUCCUGCUGCAUUUAAAAGUGUCCAAGCUGUCCGUGGUGUGUUUACAAUCGCCCAGAUGGAGGCCGGCCCUGAUGCUAAUGCCUUUUGGAAGACAGAACGUGUGCAACGGGAACAAUAAAUCAUUAGGCGACUGCCUUGUUUUGACUCAAGACACCCAAGAGGGACAGUCGUGUUUCUCAUAAAAAUAUCAGUGGGAUCGUUUGGGGAUUCCACCGGCUUUAGUCUGCGGGUGCAAAACAUUUUAACAGUUUUCUCAGAUCAACAACCGUCUCUGCCACAGCUGUACCCCCUCCCUCCUUAACCACACAAGAGGAGGAGCCACAGGCGGGAUAACAAAAUGCAGAUUUAACAGUUAGCAACUCUGUCAUCUUUUUCUAAAAAUGACCAACUGCUGAUUACAGCUCAAACGGAACCAAAUGUUUGCGUUUCUGUUUUUGUUGUCAUUUGUUUGACAAGUUAGCCUCUAUGAGCCAAAUAGAGGGGGAGAUGUGUGAACCUGGAGCACCAAGUGGCUGCAUCCACAGCCUCUUUCUGGUUUUUGUUAUGGAGAAGGGUCCAAGCCAUAGGCUCACCGGGGUCCUCAUUCCCACAAAGCUGCCUUGAUACCCAACACUCUAGGCUCUCAGGGGCCCGGCAGCCUUCACAGCAGAGGCCUGCCUCAGUGGUCUCCACGGGCUGAGCCUCCGUCCGAGAAGCCUGAGGUUGAGUGGUAAGCAGAGGCCCAGCCAUCCUUGCUGUGGUGUUUAUCCCUCCUUCCUGCCAGGCUUCAGCGGCAGAAGAUCCCUGUCUGCUGGGAAUGGAGUUUCCAUAGAGAAGGAGAAAAUCAUUUUUUUCCUAUAAUUUGUAAAGCUUGUGAAAAAGCCACUAUCGUGAUUUUUUAAAAUCAAGUAGUGGGACAUUUAAAAAACAAUAAAGAUAUUUUCCUAAA